AUGAGCUACACUGUGGUGGAUCAACCUUGGGUGGCAGAUCGCGGUAGACAUAUUCACUGUGUCGUGGUGGCUCGUUCAAUUCAGACUGAACGGCUGCACCCGCCUCCCCAACCUGUCCACCGUGAAAAUCGAGACCAGUGUGGCCGCGCUGUUCACCACCCCCGUGACGACCGCCGACAUCAGCGACGCGUUGCUGCCGAAGCCGAUCGUCCGGAAGAGCACCGGCGCAUAGAACAUGAACACGUUCAUCCCCGUCAGCUGCUGGAAGAACGGGAUGGCCGUCACCAUCGUCAGAUGGGGCCGGUGCUUUCUCGACACCAGCUCCGUCCACGGCCGGCGGCUGUGAUCGGACGAAGACGCCAGGCUGGCGGCGGCGACGAGGUCGUUGAACUCGUCGAGCACGUCGUCCAUGCCGCGGACGUCGCGGAGCAUGGCGAGGGCGCGGUCUGGGUGGCCGCGCUCGAUUAG